AUGAAUAUUUUACUUUUAUAUGUGCGUAAUUCCAUUAGUAACGUGGGAACUUAUAUUGUUAAUUAUGAUUAUAUAGCAAAAACAUCGGAUGAAUUAACAAUACGAAAAGGAGAUAUUAUAACUGAUGUUGUACAAUCCGAUGAUGGAUGGUUAAAAGGAAAAUGUCAAGGAAAGAUUGGUUAUUUUCCAGAUACUAAUGUUACAUUAGUAGACAAAGAAAAGGCAAAUAAACGAACAUUUAUAACAAUAAAUACUGGAAAAAAAAAUGAAAUUACACAAAAACGUUCACUUAUACAUAAUAAUACUUCUUCUCAAAAUAGUACAUUAUUUCAAGUGAAAGCUCUUUAUACAUAUCAAUCAAUGCAGGAUGAUGAAUUAUCUAUUAAACCAAAUGAUAUUAUUAAUGUUACUCAAUUGAUUGAAAAAGGUUGGUAUGAAGGUAUACUUAAUGGUAAAAUUGGUUUCUUUCCAUCGAAUUAUGUUAUACGUAUCAAUGAAGAUAACAGUAAGACAAAUCAAGUAAUUAAACAGAAAUCUAUUAAUGGUCAUCAUACACCUGUUCAACAUGAAAUAUCAAAGAAAACAUCUUUAAUAAAAGCUCGUGUUUUGCAUGAUUAUGAAGCAGAAGCUAAAGAUGAAUUAACAUUAAAGACUAAUGAUAUUGUUACUAUACUUGAUAAAAAUCUUGAUGAUGAAGGAUGGUGGAAGGGUGAAUUGAACGGACGAAUCGGAAUCUUUCCUGAUAAUUGUGUUGAAGAAAUUUCUGAAUUAACGAAUUCAAAACAUCGACCAAAAACACCUGAAAUUGGAGCUAGACAUCCUUCUCAAGCAUUAUCAAAAAGAAAAUCCAACAAUGAUGAUUCAUCUCAUAAUCUUUCUAAUGAACCUCAACAUACUACGAAGUCACGAUCAGUUAGUUUCAAAGAUGAUGAUUCAAAGCAAGAUCAUUAUAGAGAAGUGAAAAAUCUUGAUUCUGAAGAAAAAUUAAGUGACAUUGAUAAACAAACAUCAAUUUUACGUAAUCGGCAAUUAUCAGCAAUAGGAAGAAAAAAUGAAAAUGGAUUAAUUAGAACAACUGGUUCACUUGAUGAAACAAUUCGUUCGCAAUCAGUUGAUUUAAAAAGUGAAAAUAAAAUGCAUACUCCAACGCCUCCAUCAUAUCAACGAGAACCAGGUCAAGUAGAAUCACCUCGUUAUGCUAAUCGUUCAUAUUCAAUAACCAGUACAAAUAAUUCUACACUAAUUAAUACUAAUGAAUCAAGAGAUUCUCUUUCUGGUAGUACAACAACAACAACAAUAACACUUGAACAAUUAAAAAAAGAUUUAAUGCAAAUAAAAUUAACAAUGAAUGAAAUGAAAUUAAAAUUUACUGAUCAAAUACAAGAUCUUAUUCAUGAAUUAGAUGAAGAAAAAAAAGCUCGUGCUACAUUACAAAUUGAAAUUGAACGUUUACAAAAACUUGUUCAAAAAUCAUCACGUCUUAAUUGA